AUGGAUGACGCGACAAGACUCAUCUCUGAGCUGCAGAGCAAGCUCACCGAACUCGACGGCAAGGUCGCUGCCCACCUGCGAGACAUGGCCACAGAGUUUCAGCGCUAUUCCGAUCAACUGCUCCAGGAUGUGCCCGCCGACGUCUCCAACAAGGUGAAUCGAGUCAUUGCCGAGUCAAUGGCCGAUUACCCUGCCUUCAAUCCCGCCCUCAAGUAUCUCGACUCCAACACUGCCCUACCCGCUGCUGCUGCUGCUGCCGGUGCCGGUGCCGGUGCCGGUGCCGCCGCCACAACCACGACCGCCACCACUGACAACGACCUUGCCAGCCGCAAUAGAAGAACCUCACCGCCUCCAGUCCUACCUCACACUUCCGGCACGCCUAAAGAAGGCAUAAGAGGCCCGCACGACCGGGAGAUGGAAUUCUAUGGUGUCUUUACCCCAGGUUACUUGCCACUGCUUGACAGCUCAGACCGGCCCUUGCACUCUCCGCCUCUGUCGCCUCCACCCGUAAAGGCAAUCGAAGCCGCGGUCAAAUCCAACGAGACGUCCCAGACAGAGUCGAGCCCAGAGGGCGGCCUGCCAAGGCCGGCACUGCCGAAGCGGCGCGGUACGGACACCUCGUCGAUAUCGCUCGAGUCAAGCGGCAGUGAAUCCACCAAGGUCCGCAGAAGCGCUCUGCGCAGGUCAUCGGGCUCGUCGACCAAGGCAAGCCCGCGCCGGGUGCGAUUCGAUUUCGAGGGAGAGGAGGUGCUCCCCACAUCUUCGCCCCAGGCAUCCAGCCCAGCCCGUCCUCAGCUGCGCACCGGGGUGCCACAAGGUGGCUUUGAGGAUGACUCAGACCUGCCAGCCGGAAGGCUCGACGACGGCAGUGAUCGGGCCACUUCUCCACCGCGAGCGAAGAAGGUGUCUUCUUCUGAAGCAUUGCGAGCCUUGUCCAAAAUGCCUCUGGAGGAUCCCGCCAACUGGACUGUCGUGAAUGCACAGCCGGAGCCGGAAAACCUCGACUCUACGACGGAAAUUGUACCUGAUAGAGAUACCAGUGCCGACCGGUCAAGAACGCCGGCUGUCUCGGGCAGGGCCUCUGGAAAGGCGCCGGCGCGGUCUGCUCUGAUCACCCAGAUCGAACAGACGAGAGAUACGACACUCGGCUCUCCACUAGAGGACUACGAACAACAGCAGGAAGAGGACUCAUCUGAUGAGGAUUUCAUCUCGAUGCGAUCGUCGAAGAAGGACUCUGCUUCACCGGGCUCACGGUCACCCGUCACCGCUCUGGCCACCCAACCGGAUAUAUCAACCUUGUCUCAAAGACUGAACGGCGACGGGGCGAGCCCUGCGCCCCGCACGGGGACCGAUACUCAAGUGGACACCAAACGGCGAGCAUUCGAAACUGAUGAUGAGCUUUUCGAAUUCGACGAAGACGAGAAGACCAGCUCCGUAGGUUAUCCGUUAACCCGUACCAUCAAAUCCACCGAGCCAUACAUUCCUGAGGAGGAAUCGGAUGAGGAGCACGAGUCCACCGCGGCAAACUCUCACGUCGAGAACACAUUUUCGACGUCACCUGCAGUCGGUAUCACUUCGCGGAACAGGAAGCCACCCAGUCCGCCUAUCUCGGCCUCGAUUGGCUCCUUCAGGGGCCGGCCCAUCAUGCUGGAUGUCGUCAAGGAUCCCCGCAUUCUAGAGGAGGCUGCCGAGAUGGGAGACUUUGACACCUUUGUCGGUAGCGUGGACGGCCGGAGCGGAGUCGAUAAGAGCGACCUCAACAGCUUCCGGGCCAGCCUGAGCAACGCACAGUACUCGGGCACGCCCCGAAGCUUUUCGGAGAGGUUUGCUAUGGAGCAGAUGGAGCAGGCUACGGGAUCUAGGCGAGGUGGUGAUCGACGUUGA